GUGUAUUUCAUUCAUUCUGAGGACAACUAGCUGGCGAUUAUAACGCUGGACUUACGACACGUUACCUGAAGGCUCAUAAUAAGCCGUCAUUGUAUUACACCUGUAUUGUACGUGCGAGGGAAUGCCAUCGUUCAGUGUCUGUUGACAGUUUAUAUGCUAUAUAUUUAGUACUGGCACAUAAACAAGACAGAAGAAUGCAGAAGGCUGGGUAAUAAUGACCGUGUUGUGUUACAUUCGGAGGAAGAUUCUGGUGGUGCUCGGGGUCUUCACGUCCCUGGGGCUGAUGACAGGGACCGUGACCCCCUGGUGGGUGGUGGUAGUGACCACGGACAGACGACUGGUACACGGACUGUGGUACUCGCUGUCUUGUGAUGUGUCCUCGGGACUAUCCCUGUGUAAAAGUCUACUGACCACAUCAGAUUCGGCCAUAGGAAGCGUGCGCCUGGAGUACGGACUGCUGACAUUGUUCGGGGUUGCCCUGUGUGUGUUGGCCACCGUUUUCCUGAUCAUCUAUAACCCCCGGGAGGACUCGGUGAGGUCGAUCCUCUCCGGCUGUCUGACCGUCUCCCUCUAUCUUGUUUCAG